AUGUUCUUCGCUAGGUUGAUCAAUGCGGCUUUUAUGGCCAUCUUGGCCAACAACAUGCUGUCGGCGGCGGCAUCAGACUGGGUUACUGAGCAACACGUUCUUAAUCCCGGGCAACUUGGCCGAGACAACCUAGAGCAGUGGAUGAGAGGGAGAAAAAAUGUCGUCUUAAUUAUGUCCGACGAUCAAGAUGCGACGAUGGAAUCCAUAUCUUACAUGCCGAGGUUGAAGCAGCAUAUCAUCGAUAAGGGUACACACUUUGCCAAUCAUUUCACCACGACGGCCAUCUGUUGUCCGUCUAGGGUGUCGUUGUGGACAGGCAAGCAGCCGCACAACACGAACGUCACAGACGUAGAUCCGCCAUAUGGCGGUUUUCCCAAAUUCAUUUCUCAAGGCUUGAAUGACGCUUAUUUGCCAGUCUGGCUUCAAGAGGCCGGAUAUGCAACAUACUACACUGGAAAGAUGUUCAACUCGCAUACAGUCUGGAACUACCACUCGCCAUUCCUUAAAGGUUGGGACGGCAGCAACUUCCUCCUCGAUCCCGGAACAUAUUCAUAUUUGAACCCGAUCUAUCAGAAGAAUCAUGAUCCCCCAACUCAGUUCCACGGACAACACACCACUGAGCUAAUCCAAAAUCAUGCCUCUGAGCUCAUUGAUGCAGCAAUAGGCUCGGGCAAGCCCUUUUUCGUAGCAAUCGCCCCUAUAGCCCCGCAUUCUAAUAUUGACACAAAUAAUGGUGGUGACCCAGUCAUGACAGAACCCAUUCCCCUCAACAGACAUCGUCACCUAUUUCAGGAGGCCGAGGUCCCACGUACCGCAAACUUCAACCCAGACAAGUCAAGCGGCGUGAGCUGGGUAGCUAAUCUACCACAGUUCAACGAAACCAUGGUCCGUUAUCUUGACCACUUCUACCGCCAACGCCUUCGGGCCCUUCAAGGAGUCGACGAACUCAUUGAGAAGGUCAUUUUACAGCUCGAUGAUGCCGGCGUCCUCGACGAGACAUACAUCGUUUUUACGUCAGACAAUGGCUAUCAUAUUGGCCAGCACAGGUUGCCCCCCGGGAAAGAAUGUGGUUUUGAGGAGGACAUACGUGUGCCACUCUUCAUUAGGGGACCUGGGAUCCGCGAGGGAGCCGUCGAGAACGCGGUCACGGCGCACAUUGACAUUGCACCAACUAUAUUCAACAUUGCGGGCAUCGAGCUUCGCCAAGAUUUCGAUGGCUCGCCGUUGCCUAGUAUCAUGAGCGUUGUGCCUGGCCAUUCUUACGAGCUGAAAGAUGACCAGCAGGAACACAUCGCAGUCGAGUACUGGGGCACCGCGAUAGCAGAAGGCGAGGCCGGAGGAUUCGAUGGUAAUGGUCAAAUUAUUAUGUCUAAUAAUACAUACAAGGCUCUGCGGAUUCAUAGUAGAGCACAUGAUCUUUACUAUGCGGUUUGGUGCAACAAUGAACACGAACUAUACAACCUCAAAAACGAUCCGCAUCAGAUGGUAAAUAUACAUCCUGGGUCUCUUUCGGAUAUGCCUCCGUCCUCACUCCUUAGAAUGAUCACUCGCCUCGACGCUCUUUUGAUGGUUUUGAAGUCUUGCAAGGUUGAGACAUGCAGGAAGCCGUGGAAGGUGCUCCAUCCCGAUGGGGAUGUUGGCAACCUGGACGAUGCUCUUGACUCGAAAUUCGACACAUUCUACCAAGCCCAAGCCAAGGUAGCGUUCUCCAGGUGCGAACCGGGGUACAUAAUAUCGUCGGAAGGUCCUCAGACUGCAAAACAAUACCGAGGGGAUCUUAGCUGGUCAGAUUGGGCCUAA